ACAGUCACAUGACCUGAGUCCCGCGCGCCGAGAGGAGCAGGAGGAGGAAGCGUCCGCCUGAUCACGUGAUAGGGGCGGGGCGAGGCGGGGCGCCGGCGUCCAAGAUGGCGGUGUGCAUCGCCGUGAUCGCCAAGGAGAAUUAUCCCCUGUACAUCCGAAGCAUCCCAACAGAAAAUGAACUGAAGUUCCAUUAUACAGUGCACACUUCCCUGGAUGUUGUGGAUGAAAAGAUCUCUGCCAUGGGGAAGGCCCUUGUGGAUCAGAGAGAGCUCUAUCUGGGACUUCUGUACCCAACUGAAGACUACAAAGUAUAUGGCUACGUGACAAAUUCCAAGGUGAAGUUUGUUAUGGUGGUAGAUUCUUCAAACACAGCACUUCGAGACAAUGAGAUCCGCAGCAUGUUCCGAAAGCUGCAUAAUUCAUACACAGAUGUAAUGUGCAACCCCUUUUAUAACCCUGGGGACUGCAUUCAUUCCAGGGCCUUUGAGAAUAUGGUGACCUCCAUGAUGAUGCAGGUGUGCUGAAGCUCCAGCCAUUCUCUUCAUAUCUGAGGACAUUCUCUAUUGUACAGAAGUAUGUCUGUGAAGCUGUGUGUAUAUAUAGUCUUCGAACUUAUUCUGUGUAAAAUAAACCUAUUACUCUUUGGA